AUGUCUGCGCGCGCGUCGGCGUUCCGUCUCCUGGAGCAGUACUUCGAGGCGGACAUGCUGACGCUGGACCAGCUGCAGUUCCACAAGGAGAAGUACGCCAAGCUGCACUCGUGUGUGCUGGCCACGUAUAAGCACGAGAAGCAGCUACUGAAGGAGGCCAAGGCACUGAAUCGAGAUCUCCUCGGGGAGAAGAUUCAGGUGGAGAAGCAGGCCAUCCGCAAGGCCGAAGAGGUGGCGGCGUUCUCGUCGGUUGAACGCGAGAAGGAUCGAGCUUUAAAGGAGCUAGCAGAAGGUGUAGACCGCGACGCAGUGCUAACGUUCGAGAUCACGGAGCUACAGCGUGAAUAUGCUGACCUGGUGGCGGAAAAGGAGGCCAUCCUAGCAGCCUAUGCACAACUUAUUGAGCCCGAGGUGCGGCAGCUGACGACCGAGAUUACAGGGCUCACUGAUGAGACCCACCGCUUGGACAGCGAGCUAGCGAAGGAUAUGCAGCGAAAGCGCGAGUAUUUGGCGCGGCUGGACUUCCUGCACCAAGAAAACCUUCGCCUCGAGCAAAGUGGUGCGGCCGAGCAGAAACGACUGAACCAGCUGCAGGGCGACCCCGAUCGGAUGCAGAAGCAAGCGGAUGUCGUUGCACGAGCUGUGGCUGGACUAGAAAGAGAGACAAACAAGGACAAGACACGUGCUGUUGAGCUGCAGGCUGCUGUGGAAUCUACUGCCGCAAAGUUGCAUGACGCUGAUGAGGUGCAACGCGAACUCGCUCAAAAACUGGAUGUGCAUCGGGAGACAAUUGACCAACGCCAGCGAGAUGUGGAUCACGUGACACUGCACCUCCGAGAGGAGCAGAAUGUCAAUGUAAUGCGCCUCGGCGAGAAGGCACGACUUGAUAUACGUGCAAAGGCUCUUGAUCUAACUGCCCGACGAGAAAAUGAGCGGUGUGGGAAGGCGCAAAAAGACUACGAUCGUUUGAAGCGUAAGCUCAAAAAGCAAAUUCUGAUGCUGGAUAGCAACAAGGCUUUACUGCCCAAUCUUCGAGCUCAAGUGGUUGAUGUGCAACAUCAAGUAGCGGCGCUUCGGUCGGAAAACAAGGACCAAACCCAGCGGCAACUUGAUGUGAAGCAACAGGUAGAUCUCCUCAUUGCACGCUUCCUUAAACAGGAGGAUGGAGAGAAGGCUCAAAGUGCGGAGCUCGAAGCGCUAUCGACACAAGUUACAGAGCUUGAGGCAGAAGUCGGCCAGUGGUUGAUGGAGGAAAGCAAGCAGAAAAAGUUGGUGACCAUGCUCACUGCCCAGCGUGAAAUGAAAGCUCGCGAAGCCACGUCAGCGUUGAACGCUGAGCGCCAAACCCAGCAGGAACUCAAGACGAAGGAGCUUGUGAUUUUUGACUUGGCGAAGAAGUGGAACGAGACGACAAACCACCUGCGAGAGUUUUCCGCCUUAUAUGACGUUGUCAAGAAUGAGCGUAACAAGUAUGUCAACCUUAUCCAGGCAUCGACUCAGGCUCUAGCAGAAAUGAAAGAGAAGAUCAAGAUUCUUCACAACGAAGUCGAGGUACUCCGUAACGAGUCGCUCGCAAAAGACAAAGCGCUCGUGAAAGAAAAGCUGGCUCAUGCAACAGCACAAUGCUCACGUGAUUCCUUGCGUCUCGACACCAACAAAUCACACGAUGCAUACCGGGCGAAGCAAGAACAAGUUGAGCAACAAAUUGUCGAGAUCGACAAACUCAAUGGCAUCAUCACUCACACAGAAAAGGAGCUGCUUCGUCUAAAGAAGAAGUACGAGCUGGCGGUGGAUGCACGAAAUGCUACUGGCGUACAGCUGAUUGAUCGCAACGAUGAACUCUGCAUUCUGUACGAGAAGUCCAAUCUUCAGGAGCAAGCCCUUAGUGCUGGUGAGACUGGAUUAACUCGCAAAGACCAAGAGAUCCGAGUACUCAAAAUCGAGUUGGCGGAUCUGCAGCGCCAGCUUGAAAACGCGCGAAGACAACUGCCCCACCUACCAGAGCUCGCCCAACGCAUUAUGUCCUUGCAAGAAGAACUGAAGCAGGAAAAGGAUGUUACGGAGUUGCUAUGUCGCGACCUGGAAACCCCUAAAAACAACGAUCGGUGGCGUGCUCUGGGUGGUGAAGACCCUGAUGAAGAACAGCUCUCGGCUAAACUCGCCUAUCUGGAAGAACGGUACCACCACAAGAAGGAACAGCUUCUUGAAAAAGAACUCGUGCUGGAGGAAGUGACGGGCUUAUCCAACAAGCUUCGAUCGCAAGCGUCUGCCCGCCGAGGAGAGACUUUAGAGCUGGCAAAGCGGGUGAACGAUUUUCAGGGUCGUAUCAAGGAGACUACGCGUCGUAUGAUGGCUGUGGUGUCAGAGCUUUCAAUGUACCAAGCAACAGCCAUGAAGCUCCAGCAAGAAAAGCAUGACGCUUCUGUCGAUGUUGAGGAGUGCCAGAAGCGUUCACUUGCAGGAUAUGCACCGAAUGCCUACUGUGAACAACAACUUGUGCGACUGCAAACACAAAAAUUACACAACAACGAGGUGCGGGCUGCAAAAGAACAGGCGAGGGCUGCAGUUGCACAUGCUGCCAACUUCCCGUCGCAGCUCACGUACACAACUGCAGAGGCACGGCCGAAUGCGUACAUUCCGGAGGACUUGGGCAUCCCCAAACCGUACGGACAGCAAGCUCCAUUCAAACCUUCUCAACAGGGAACUACCAUGCGCCACAUUCGCAUGCCGCAAAAGAGGGAUAUCGAGAUCUAG